CAUCUACUCACCCUUUGCAUGUUGACGAACUGCUAGGUUGGCAAAAGCUGGGGCUAACAGCAGGAGCUCACCCCGCUCCCCGCACUGGAACCGCCGGCCUUUCGGUCAGGCAGCUCAGAGAUAUAUACAUAAUAAUAAUUGAAAUUCUGUGCUGAUGCUUUUAUGCCAAGCUGCUUUGAGUCCCCUUUGAGAGAAAUAAAGCGGGUUGCGCUGCCUGCCUGGUGCCCGUCCCAUGGCGCUGCCGUGCCCCCCCCCGGGAGGGGCUCCUCCUCCGCCGCCGGCCAAGAAGCGGAAGAUGAACUUCUCGGAGCGGGAGGUGGAGAUCAUCGUGGAGGAGCUGGAGCGCGGGAAGCACCUGCUGGUCAACCACUUCAACGCGGGCGUGCCCCUGGCCGCCAAGGCCGCCGCCUGGCACCACAUCCUGCGCCGCGUCAACGCCGUGGCCACCUGCCGCCGGGAGCUGCCCGAGGUCAAGAAGAAGUGGUCCGACCUCAAGACCGAGGUGCGCCGCAAGGUGGCCCAGGUGCGCGCGGCCGUGGAGGGGGCCGGGGCCGAGGAGGGGCCCGGCACGGCGGAGGAGGAGGAGGAGGAGGGCGGCCCCGGAGGCGGCAACGCCGGCAGCGCCACCGCCCCCGUCAUCCUCACCUCCAUGCAGCAGCGCAUCUGCAACCUCCUGGGAGAGGCCACCAUCAUCAGCCUCCCCGCCGCGGACUGCGCCGGCCCCGACGGGACCGAGAUCCCCAUCACGGCCGCCGCCACCACCGUCACCCUGACGCAGAUCCCGGCGGAGACCACGUUCCACAGCCUGGAGGAGGGCGUGGUGGAGUUCUGCACGGCGGAGGCCCCGGCCACGGUGACGGUGGCGUCGGAGGCCCCGCUGGAGAUGGCGUCCCCGCUGCCGGUGCCGCCGGGGGAGCCGUGCGCGAAGCCGCAGGAGCUGAAGAGCCGCAUCGCCCUGAACUCGGCCAAGCUGCUGCAGGAGCAGCGCGUGACCAACCUGCACGUGCGGGAGAUCGCGCAGCACCUGGAGCAGCAGAACGACCUGCUGCAGGUGAUCCGGCGCUCGCAGGAGGUGCAGGCGUGCGCCCAGGAGCGCCAGGCCCAGGCCAUGGAGGGCGCCCAGGCCGCACUGACCGCCCUCGUCCAGCUCCUGCGACCCGUCCUCAGGGACGUCCGGCGCUUCCUCCAGGGCCACUCGCCCGCCGGACAGGGACCCGGACCGGGACCGGCACAGAACGGGCAGGGCGCCGAGGACGGGUACGCCGCGAAAUGAGCCAAGGAAGAAGAUAAUAUUCUCUCUUUUAUUUUAAUUGUUGACCUUGUUUGGUAUCGCCUCCACUGGACCCCUGUAACCCACUCGGAACCUAAACCGGGCUUUGAAAAUAAAAGUAAACAAACUGCA